AUGUCGAGGGUCAACGAGACUCACCAAUCUAUUGCUGUUGCUGUCAUAGCGACUUUCCUUGUUCUCCUAUUCACAACCAAAGCGCUUUCAGGAAGCCCUACAACAACAGCAGCCAAGGGUAACCAAAAGAUCCCAUCAUCGCCGAGUUACUGGCUGCCCUUUCUUGGACAUGCCUUGUCUAUGGCUUUUGGCAAAGAUAGCUUUCUGGCUGGCAUGCGGAGUCGAUUCCCGGAAGGCAUUUUUUCUUUGAAGAUGGCCGGGAGGAUGCAUCACUUUAUAUACAAACCCUCGCUUGCUGCUGCACUGUUAAACCUGCAACGGCCUGCUGAGGAUGAGCAAAUGCUAGCAAAUCGACUGCUUGAAUCCACAUUUGGUGUGAGCAAGAAAGACCAGGCCAUCUACAACAAGAUAUUCCCAGAGGCGCUGGCUCAAUACAAACAUCUCAGCUCCGAGCCUGGGCUUAGCGAAGUUACCAGUGUGGCUUUAUCACAGGUUAAGCAGAACAUCAUUAACCUGGUCACAUUCAGCCCCAAUCCCAUGGACCAAAUGGAAUGGGAGAAGUUGGCAGACGUCGAUAUUAUUGAGGAGAACGCCAAAGAGGGACCCAUUACCCAAGUUGACUUGAUGGAGCUUACAAGGAAUUUUGUUUCAAUCACGGUGAUUCCUGCCAUAUACGGUACUGACUUUGUGGAGAACUUUCCAGAGAUAUGGAAGUUGAUAUGGGUAUAUAACGAAUCUUUUGUGCUUUUGGCUACAGGUAUUCCUGCUUGGGUUCCUUGGCCGCGGCUACAGCGUGGAAAGCUCGCUAGGAGACGUGUUCUGGCGAUGUUGUACGAGUUCGAAGAAGUUAUGGAUAGGCACUUGAACGGAGAAGAAAACGAUCCCAAGUGGCAAAAUCUGGACAACGUCAGCAAGCUUGUCAAAGGCAGGAUCGAGUUAUUUAGAAAACAUGGUGUAUCGCUUGAGGGCCGAGCGGCCUUUGAUCUUGCGCUUCUAUGGGCUUCGGUUGCAAAUUCUAACGCUCUCAUCCCGUGGAUGCUUUUUGAGCUUUACAGGGAUCCAGUACUUUUGGAGCAAGUUCGAGAAGAGAUUGCACCUUAUGUCAAUGCUGUGCAGCCGGAGAACGAAUUUGGAUCCGCAGUCUGGGUACCGCCGGUGCUGGAAGACAUCGAUAUCGACGGUCUAAUAACGAAGUGCCCGCUUCUCAAAGCAUCUUACAUCGAAACCUUGAGGGUGUAUUCCGGCGGAUGGGCGAUGAAGCUGAUGUACCAUGACACGGUGUUGGAAGAGAGAGGAAAGGGCGGAGAAUCAUUUCUCUUGAAGAAGGGCACAUACGCACAUAUCCCCCAAGAGCUUCAUCAGUUCGACCCACAGUACUUUUCAAACCCAACCGAGUGGCAGGCCGAGAGACAUAUUCGGGAAACGGUGGAUGAGAGCGGGAAGAAGGUUUUAACGGCGGAUAUGGGGACGUUGAGACCAUACGGUGGUGGCUUAAAGAUGUGCAAGGGAAGACAAUUUGCGCUCCGAGAGAUGUUACUAUAUACAGCUGCUAUUAUCACAUUUUACGAUAUGCAGCCGCCCAGAGGAGGUUCAUGGGGUGAACCUCAGACGAGGAAGCUUGUUGCGAACAGGCAUCCGAAGAAGCCGUUGAAGGUGUGGAUUAAGAGGAGAGGGCAACUAGCUGAGGGUGAAGAGAAAGAAGAUAGAUGA